AUGCGCUGGAAGAAACCAGAGUGGAAGGCUGCUGCCAAGCAGGGUGCACAUAUGCUAGCUGAUGCUGCUAUCCAAGCCAUCGCAUGGCCAUACCUUCUCUUAUACGAACGCGAGACGAGAGAGCCACUCCUGAAAAUACUCAGAACCUCGGACCAGUCCGAAAGCUUGCAACUUAUUGAGCACUGGUUUGUUGCCAAAUCGAAAGAAGCACAAUAUGUACAGGUCGCGGGAGCAGUCACGUUCACAUCAGUCGUCGGAGCCCUUUCUUGGACAGAUCUCAGUGGCAGACACUGGCUUGCGCCCGCAAGCUGGUACGUCAGCAUACUAUUCGCCCUAUUUGCGGUCAUCCUAGGCGCUCAGCAGGUCGUGUUACUUGAUGGGACAGGUCGGCAAGACUGGGACGGGCCACAGCAGAAGUUGUGUCGUCGUCGUGGAAGCACGACCCAAAGUAGACCAAGUUGGGCAUUGGUCUUGGCUUGGCAAGGCCCUUUGAUGUUUCUGAGCUAUUCGCUGGUGAUUUUCUUGAUUGGCUUGACCACUUAUGUUAUCAGUCCCGUAGCGCGGAAGAGGGAAUGGGACGACGAUGCAAAGACCCUCGUGUUCUAUGCUGUGGGAAUCACUGUUGUCCUCGGGGCUUUCGCAACUUUCUGCCGUUCGAUUCAUUACACUUUGUCUUAA